GGGCAGUCGGUGACCGAUUAUUUCCCAGUCGGGGUUAGAGCAGUUGGGGCUAAUUUCCGCUCGGUGGUGGCCGUUUAGAUUAAGUAGUCCUCAACUUUUCUCAGCCGACAGCCGUCGUCAUGUCCAACAACAACGCCAGCAACAACUUAAUCAUCGCACAGAGGGCCGUGAAGCAGCUCCGGUUAGAGGCCAGCAUUCGUAGGAUCAAGGUGUCCCAGGCCGCUGCUGAGCUGAGGACUUUCUGUCUGCAGAAUGCCUCCAGAGACCCCCUCCUGGUCGGGGUCCCCUCCAGUGAUAAUCCUUUCAGACCCCCUAAAUCCUGCUCUCUGUUCUGAGAAGGAAAAGUGGAGGAUUUCUGAAUUUACCCGGCAACGGCUCUCUUCAUUUCCACUCGAUGUCGCUGUGGAUUGACCAGCAGCUCCUCUUUGGAUGAUGCAACAUGGGACUGAUGGGUUCGUGGGAGGGAACUGCUCCACUUGUUUGCCAAAUUUAAUGGUGUCAUAACUCCCAUCGACUUCAUUUAAAACAGGGCCAAAUUCUCCAUGUUAUUAAAAAAAAGAAAUUGUUAUUUACACUAACUUGAGUAAUGAUUAAGCCGUUCUUGGUUUACCUAGUACUAAACAUGUCUGGUUGUAAUUUUCCUGACCAAAUGGUGUCCGUCUCCUGUCAGUGAAAUUCCACCCAUUUCAUUGGGUACUGAAAGUGCAACUUCCUCUUUUGCCUUGUAUGGAAGGUCAAACAUUAAUUUAACCAGGUGCUGUUCAAGAAUCAGAACCUGUUCUGUAAUAUAUAUAUACAUUUAUAUACACUAUAUAGUAUUGUGUGCCAACAGAUCUACUGGUAGCAAUUGAGCUAAAUGAUUGGUGUCUUCAACUAAGGUACAGCAACUCUUUAGGUACUCUUUAUCAUAUCACUAUAGGGGCAUUUGUCCUUUCAUCCCUUUUCUGUACAUAUUUUAAGUUUUAACUUUAAGGGUUUCUAGUGUUAACCUAUAUGUUCCUGUCUCUAAUUUAAAAACACAUGUCAAGGCCUUACAAUGUUUGGAUAGGGAAACCUGGAGCACAUUUCAUUUAAAUCACGUUUAAUAUAUAAAAGGGCAAACAAUGUUAAUAUAUCUGCUCAAAAUGUCUAAAUAUUGUUUGUAUUGAAUGAAUGCUGCAGUAACUUGUUGCAUUAACCGUUUUCCACUCUGGAAUCUCAUUCCAAUCAACCAAAACUUUUAACACUGUUAACCUGUAUCUUUUCUAACUUUGCUGCUGUCUGCAACCUUUUACAAAUUAAACUUUUCGGACACUGA